GUUGGCAUUACUGAUUUUAUGAAGUCAAGUCAAGAAGGGAGGUGGAUCAAAAUUUCAAUAUCAAUUUUCUUUAAAUUCCAAUACAUCUACACUGAUUCUAGAGAUGGAAGACAAUAAAGCAUCACAGUCAAAUGACUUUCAACAAAAUAGUGAGCAAGAUAAACAACAAAAGAAGAAAAAAGAUAAGAAAAAACGCCUAGGUGGUGAUGGGGAUCACGGCGCAGCGGCGGGCAAUGCAGUGUCGGUUCAGCUGCAGUUUCCUAAUUCCAACGAUAUUCAACAAAAUAUAUCUUUGAAAGACCUUAAAAUGGCUAUGGAAGCACUUAACCUCCAACAGAAGCCUGCUAAAACUACAGAGGAAGCUUUGCAUAAGUCUUAUCAGUUUUGGUCCACCCAGCCCGUGCCGAAACUUGAUGAGAAAAUUGUGGCUAACGAGCCGAUUGAACCGCCUAAAACCCCUGAGGAAAUUAGAGCUGAGCCUUACACGCUUCCUGGAGAAUUCCAGUGGGAUACAUUAAAUUUAAAUGAGCCGUUAGUAUUGAAGGAACUCUAUACACUCCUGAAUGAAAAUUAUGUGGAAGAUGAUGACUGCAUGUUUCGAUUUGAUUACCAAACUGAGUUUCUGAAGUGGGCAUUGCAGCCUCCAGGCUGGAGAAUGGAGUGGCAUUGUGGUGUGAGAGUUGCCAAGUCUGGUAGAUUAGUUGGCUUUAUAUCGGCUGUACCAGCGGAGUUGAGGAUUUAUGAUCAUGUUCAGACUGUGGUGGAGAUUAACUUCCUCUGUGUUCAUAAAAAACUGAGAGCUAAGAGAGUAGCCCCAGUUCUUAUCAGGGAAAUAACACGAAGAGUAAACUUGACGGGUAUCUUUCAAGGAGUUUAUACGGCUGGUAUUGUUUUACCCAAGCCGGUGGCUACUUGCCGUUACUGGCAUAGAUCUCUAAAUCCCAAGAAACUGAUUGAUAUAAAAUUCAGUCACCUAUCUAGACACAUGACGAUGCAAAGAACUCUGAAGCUCUACAAACUCCCUGACUUACCAAAAACUCCUGGCUUUCGUAAAAUGGAGCCGCAAGACUCUGAGAAAGUUGUAAAACUACUGAAUGAUUACUUGAAGAAGUUUGACCUUGCCCCAGUGUUUUCAGAAGAAGAGUUUAAGCAUUGGUUUUUACCACAGGCUGGCAUAAUUGAUGGUUUUGUAGUUGAAGCAUCUGAUGGUUCUAUAACAGACUUUGUCAGUUAUUACACCCUCCCCUCUACAGUUGUUUAUCAUCCUGUGCAUAAAACUCUCAAAGCAGCAUAUUCAUUCUACAAUGUGUCCACCAAGACCCCUUGGACAGAACUCAUGCAGGAUGCAUUGAUCACAGCAAAAAAUUCAGGAUUUGAUGUUUUCAAUGCUCUGGACCUAAUGGAAAAUAAAGAAUUUUUAGAGCGAUUGAAGUUUGGCAUUGGUGAUGGCAAUUUACAGUACUAUUUGUACAACUGGAGAUGCCCAAGCAUGCCCGCUAGUAAAGUUGGCUUAGUCCUGCAAUAAACCUGAUAUAUUUAUUUUACAAUUUAUCUUGUCAGUGGAAUGCAGUUAUGUUGUUUUAUAUGAAGUGUAUUGGUUGGAAAUUAUAGCUUUAUAAUAUACUAA